AUGCCAGUACGGGCGUUCAUAGAUGAUUUCUUGCCUCCGAUUCCUGCUGGUAGGGAGAAGGAGGUAUUAUCUAGUACGUAUGCGUUCAAGAAUGUGCCGUCAAGUGGCGCCAAGCCCGCCGACAUUUUUACCCCGCUGCUCGUCGCAUUGAACAGGUCUACAAAACUUAGGAGUCGCGCUCCGGGCCUCGUGUUCGAAAACGCGUCAAUAAACGCCACAGAGCCUCACACGCCUGGCUUCAUGAAACCACACAUCUGCUGCUACACACGUGAAAAUCUUGCCAAUGUGCGCGAUGCUCCUGCAUCCUCCCGCGUCGAACUGGGGUAUGCGGAACUUUUCGUCGAGGUCAAGGCGGACGCUGCACUAGACUUCUUUGUCGAUCCUCCUCCGCAGGCAACUCCCGCGGAUUGUGACUCUCAUGACUUCUUUACCCGGUUUCGGAAUGAAGGAAUGAAACACCGCGCCGAGAGGGCGUUCGGACAACACAUCGCAUACGCCAUGGAAAUACAAGCUCGCCAGCAUCGUGUGCACUUCUUCUCGAUCUUCAUCGCCGGUUCUUGCGCUCGGCUAAUGCGGUGGGACCGCUCUGGCCUCAUCGUCACCAGAUCAUUCGACAUCCUCGUGCACCCGGGCUUACUUAGCGAGUUCCUUGGUCGUUUUGCCUUCGCCUCCGACCAACAGCGCGGGCACGACAUGUCCAUAGGGAUGGCCACCCAGAAGGACGAGGUCUUGUUCCGAGAGGUCGUCACGAAGUAUGUCAAGGAUCAGCUCGAUCUCGCGGACGACGCUCUCACCGAAGCAGUGGCCGAGCACUACCAACGAGGAUGCGUCUUCGCCGUGCGUAUGUUCGCCACAGAUCCCUCAAGCACCCCGUCGCGCUCCACGCCAGUCGCCGAUCGCUAUCUAAUUUCCAGGCCCGUCACGUCUCCCUUGCGCCUGCGGGGGCGUGCGACCCGUGGAUACUGGGCCGUACAGGCCAGUUCCAAGCGCCUAGUCUUCCUGAAGGACACCUGGCGCCCACCUCAGGAGCGGGAAGGUACCGUCAUUGCUAAACUCAAUGCCACGGGCGUUCGCAGUGUCCCGCAAUUUGUUGCUCAGGGUGACGUCUAUCAACUACCCUCUGAUGUCGGCGACAAACGUCCCACCCAGCACACGGAGACAGAUCGCUAUCUUACGCAACCUUGGGUGUGUCGUAUACGUGGCAAGCGUGUCUCGGUAUCGACACACAUACACUACCGACUCGUCCUCGGAACGGUCGGCUACCCUAUACGCCGACUGAAGGGUUCCGACGAGCUCUUGCAUGCCACCUACGAUGUAUUCCAGGCGAUGCGAGAUGCCUCGAGCAAGACAUCGCGUCUCCACAGGGACAUCAGCAUCGGCAACAUCAUCCUCGUGAAGGAACCCGGCUGUGAAACUCGCAGGGGCUAUCUCAUCGAUUGGGAAACAUCCUCUCCACUGGAUUCUGAGGGUCGCUCUCUCGAUAAGAAUAGAACAGGCACCUGGAAGUUUAUGUCUGCCAAAGUCCUAUCCAAGCCCGAGAAGCCGCACAUGUUCCAGGACGACAUGGAGUCGCUGCUCUGGGUCGUCCACUACUGCAGCCUCCUCUACAUGCCCCACAACCUCGAUUCCGACAGUAUGCAGUCAAUCAUACACGAGCUCUACGACGACUCUAUAUUCCUACGUGGCGAGAUGCGCGGCGGAUUUGGCAAGGCGAUCAACAGGAUAGACCGCUCCUUGACCGAAAGCAUUGAGUUCGCCAACCCGGACCUGCAGAAAUGGCUGGACCACGUCAUGGACCUGCACGGUCCCAAAGGCCUUUUCGAUGAGGCGGCCGAGCGGCUGUGGAAGGACCCUGAGAACCUGGAAACGCUCUGGCGCGAAUUCCUCGCGACGCACACGCUCGCUCGCGAUGAUAGGAACGAGUUCGAGUUUCCGGACCCCGACACCUACGAUGACAGGCCGGAGGGCUCACACGUCCCGUUUGUCCCUCCUCCGCCGCCGGAGCCUCCCGCCAAGAGACCAGUCGAAGGCGAGGUCCAGGUCGGGCAUGAGGAGGGGGCGCGUCGCGUCAAACGGCAGCGGGCAGAGCCCUCCGUCGCCGAGCCCUUGCGCCGCAGCGACAGACUCCGCAGUCGCUCAGGACCGCCUGCGCCGCCGCCAGCGAAGCGAGCAAAUCCGAAGGGGACCGCAACGAAGCAACGCGCUGCUACGAGCAACAACGCCCGCACAAGCAAGAGACCUAGCACUGCAAGCUGA